AUGGGAAGCAAAUGGAGAAAGGCAAAAAUAGCACUUGGCUUGAACAUGUGUCUUUAUGUUCCUCCAACUGAUGUGGAACAGCAUGAUUCUUCCUCCUCACCUUCUCCUGCUAAAAUAUUCUCCCACUCCUCUCAAGGGCCCACUACUCCUACCCCUUCUUCUUCCGGCCUCCGCUCGUCCAAAUCCCCUAAUAACAAUAAUAAGAGGACCUGUGCGAUAUGCCUGACUGACAUGAAAACAGGACAGGGCCAUGCCAUUUUUAUGGCGGAAUGCUCCCACUCAUUCCACUUCCAUUGCAUUACCUCUAAUGUAAGGCAUGGGAACCAGAUUUGUCCAGUUUGCCGAGCAAAGUGGAAAGAAAUCCCCUUUCAAAGAACUGUUUCUGAUGUUCCUCGUGGAAGGCCAAGAAUGAGCGCAGUAGGUUGGCCUCAUGAUGAUGGUUGGAUGACUGUUCUAAGACGGCUUCCUCCUGCUCGAGCAGAUGCAAACAGGCAUAUUUCAUCACUUUAUCAAGUCAAUGAACCAGCUACCUUUGGUGAUGAUGAAGGCUUAGAUCCUCAACAUGAGACUGCCGAGGGAAACGCAUCUACUCAAGAUGUUGGCGAUGUUGAUUCUAUGGGAACAGUAGAGGUGAAAACAUAUACAGAAGUUUCAGCAGUUCCAAAAUCAGUCUCUUAUGAUAAUUUCACCAUAUUAAUCCAUCUCAAGGCCCCUCUCACAAGUGGAAGACAGAAUAGGAACCAGAAUAGGAACCAGAAUCAUGCUGAAUCACCACAAUCAUCUGAAGAUUCUCGUGCUCUAGUUGAUCUUGUUACAGUGCUUGAUGUUAGUGGCAGCAUGUCUGGUACAAAGCUUGCUUUGCUAAAACGAGCGAUGGGGUUUGUCAUACAGAAUCUUGGCCCAUCUGACCGACUGUCUGUUAUUGCCUUCUCAUCCACAGCCCGACGCCUCUUUCCUCUUCGUCGCAUGACAGAGACUGGAAAGCUGGAGGCUUUACAGGCUGUUAAUUCUCUGGUUUCUAAUGGUGGGACAAACAUUGCUGAAGGUCUAAGGAAAGGUGCCAAGGUGUUAGUGGAUCGCAAAUGGAAGAAUCCAGUUUGCAGCAUCAUGCUAUUAUCUGAUGGGCAGGAUACAUAUACUGUCUCUAGUAAUAGCGGGACCCGUCCUCGAACAGAUUAUAAAUCACUUCUCCCGAUAUCCAUUCAUCAGAAUGGUAGCACGGGGUUCCAGAUUCCUGUGCAUGCAUUUGGGUUUGGUGCAGACCAUGAUGCUGCAUCAAUGCAUUCAAUUUCUGAGACAUCGGGUGGCACGUUUUCAUUCAUAGAAGCUGAGGGUGUGAUUCAGGAUGCAUUUGCACAGUGCAUUGGAGGGCUCUUGAGUGUAGUGGUGCAAGAGCUACAGGUCAAAGUUGAGUGUCUUCAUUCAAGAUUGCAAAUUGGUUCAAUUAAAGCAGGUAGUUACAAAACCAGCAUCAUGGCCAAUGCAAGAAUGGGCUCUGUUGAUGUUGGAGACUUGUAUGCUGAAGAAGAAAGGGAUUUCUUGGUAACAGUCAAUAUUCCAGUUGAUGAUACCAGUGACGAGAUAUCAUUGCUAAAGGUCAGUUGUGCUUACAGAGAUCCAAUGACAAAAGGUAUGGUGACUCUUGAGGAAGCUAGUCAAGUAAAGAUCCAAAGGCCUCAAAUAACCGGAACACAAGUGGUGUCAAUGGAAGUGGAUAGGCAGCGAAACAGACUCCGUGCAGCAGAGGCAAUGGCUGAGGCUAAAGCUGCAGCUGAACAUGGUGAUCUAGCUUGUGCAAUUUCCGUCCUGGAGAUCUGUGGCAAAGCAUUGUCAGAAACUGCAUCUGCACGGGCGGGUGACAGACUGUGUAUUGCGCUAAGUGCGGAGUUGAAGGAGAUGCAAGAAAGGAUGGCAAGCCGCCGUGUAUAUGAAACAUCUGGAAGGGCUUACAUUUUAUCUGGUUUGAGCUCACACUCAUGGCAACGAGCAACUGCACGAGGCGAUUCCACUGAUAGUACAAGCCUUAUGCAAGCUUACCAGACCCCAUCAAUGGUAGACAUGGUAACUCAGUCUCAGACCAUGGUAUUCGGUACCCCAUCUUCUCAACGGAAACUUAGGCAAACUAUGUCAUUUCCAGCUGCCAGACCACACCCAAGAUAA